AAAUUCAGUUCACAUCUAGAAACCGAACUGAAUAGUCAUACCACAAGCUAUCUUCGAUAUGCCGAAUCAGUCUAAAGCAAGCUCACCUGGAAUCAAGGAAACCCCUUCCUGUUCCCACCACGAGUUCCUCAUGCAGGAGCAGCCUCAGCAGCCGCGUGGCUCCAAAGUGGCGUCUACCCAGACGCAGGAUUGGCCAUCGGAUAUGGUGGAUCAGUUAACAGGAGCGCAGGACUCGCCAUCGGAUAUGGUGGGUCAGUUACCAGGAGCACAGGACUCGCCAUCAAAUAUGGUGGAUAAGUUACCAGGAGCACAGGACUCGCCAUCGGAUAUGGUGGAUAAGUUACCAGGAGCACAGGACUCGCCAUCGAAUAUGGUGAAUCAGUCUACCCAGACGGAUCUCUCCAAACUCUUCAUGUCCGGCGAGGACGAUAUUAAUUUGCAGCUCGGCACUCUGGGCUUGAGGAAGAGAGUCGCUCCCGAGGAGGAUCCAACUGGGGAUCUAACUGCGGUACCAGAACAAAAUCGCAAUGGGAAUCCGCUUGCUAAGCGACAGAAGGUAGAGGGUACCCAGUACAGACACAAUGACCCUUCCUUCCAGGAAUGGUCCUCCACCCAAACUACUGAUUCAUCCUCGCUGAUCUCGCUGGCCAAUCUCAUUGAGAAUGGAUCGGUGAGCAAUGUGGAGGACCAAGAAUCACGUGCCACUGGUGGGGAAGACGUAGAAAGUGGCUGAAGCUGAGUUCAACUGGGUCAUCUUCCACAUCCAUCGGCGGAGUGGAUGCAAUUCCUUGUUAUCAAGCUGAAUUUAAUAAAUAUAGAAAAAACUUUA